AUGUUCCAUCACUCUGGGGACAAGUCCCGCGGUGUUCCCUCUGGGUCAGAAUACGGUGCCAACAACCAUCAUCGUGGCCUUACUCUCAACACCUCCGGUCAACCAUAUACUAGGUUUGGUACAUUCCAGAACUUUGGCGGCCCUUCAACAUGCCCGCUGCAGCAGGAGCCCGCCCGGAGGGACUUCGAUUCGUCGUCCAUGGACUGGACCUCGCCUGGCGCGCAGCAUUCACGCUUCAACCCGGGCACUUCGAUGGGCCACGCAUCGCAGCACCAGCAGCAGCAGCAGCAGCAGCAGCAGCAGCAGCAGCAGCAGCAGCAGCAGCAACAGAACGAGGGAAUGGAACUCGACGAACUCGAUCCCCCCCCCGCCGGAGUGUCCAAUUUGAUUGCGCGUUUUGAAGGGAUUCGCGCUGCGCCGCCAAGCAGUAACAGAGUCACGAGCGCACCCGGUUCAGUGGCAACCCCGUCCGUUGCGAGCCCGUCGUCGGCACAUUAUGGCAGCAGCAACAACAGCAGCAGCAUGCACAGCAGUAUUACAGUAAACAUGAAUUCUUCUGGUAUGACUAGAAUUGCCAGUUCCACCGCUUACAGCCCCGCCACGCCCAAUUUAUUUCGUGUCCCGGAGCCAUAUCGUCCUCCAGUGCCCCGAAGUACAAAGCCAGUGUUGAACCGCGCGCCCUCUAGCAUCCCAUUAUAUACACCAGACACAAAGUUCGGUGAUGGAAACACCCGUGCUGCCCCUUCCAACCUCAACCCGCCGCCGCCGCCGCCGCCGCCGCCGCCACAGGUUCAUCGGGCUCAACAGCAACCUUCAGACUUCAGUCAACUGGACCCCUUUAACAACUCAACGGCCAAGACGUUUAGUUCCCAGUCGAAUACCUACAACUUGCCGAUGAAUGACUUCAAUGCCGCAAACAAGAACUUUGCAUCCCAGUCAACUGCUUUUAAUCUCCAGACGAAUACAUUCAGCACAUCAGCCAAGGCUUUUGACUCUCAACUCAAUAACGCCUUUGGCCAAUCGACCAAUACAUUCAGCUCGACAAGCGCUUUUAACUCGUCCGCACACACCUUUAGCCCCCCUCCAAACGCGAAUGCCUUCAGUCCACCCCCAAGCGCAAAUGCCUUCAGCCCACCCCCGAAUACGGAUGCUUUCAGCCCAGUAUCUACACCGUUCAGCCCGGUAACCUCGACCUUUAGCCCAGCACCGACGCCUGCACCGAACCUUAUCCCCGUAACUCCGAGUGGGAUGCAAACACCCUUUGGCCCUCCGCCUCCUACGUCGUUCCCCGGCCGAGCUCGAGCACCUAGCACUGCUCCUACACCAAAGUCUGCCAUGGGUAGUCGGCCGUCACGGGAGCAGGUGCCUGCUGAAGCAUGGGAAUCGUUUAAACUGACGAUAAGGCAUUUGUAUCUGGAAGAGCGACGGCCUCUGAAAGAAGUCAUGCAAAUCAUGGCCGAUCAGUACGGGUUCCAAGCCACGCCGAAGAUGUACAAGACGAGAUUCUCGCAGUGGGGCUUUGUCAAGAAUAAUACCGAGGACGAAGUGAAGAGACUAUUGUCGAUGAAGUUUCAGCGUGAUGCCGAAGGCAAGGUGUCCGAGUUUGUGCGGAAUGGCAAGGUGGUCAACCUGGGCACGUAUCUCAAGAGGAAAGGAGUUACGGAGUACGAUCUCGUCGACUUUGAAACGCCAGCUCAACUUCCGUCUUAUGUGCGAUGUCGUACCCCGACACCGCCGCCCGCUCCGGGCUAUCUGCGAUCACCAGACCUGAUCCGAGCGCAGGAGACGAUAGUUGGGAACAUGAGGAAGGCGUUUCUGCAUUGCCGCCAGUUCGAAGUGGAGACGGACAGGCAGGUCGGAUGGACGUCGAUUAUGCUCUGGGGCGCCGGAUCGAGCGACAUGUUUGCCGACGCCAACAAGAAAUUCGAGAUGGGCGAGCACGACGCCGGAGGACACCUCCUGAUGAGGGCGUUCAAGCGGCUGGAGAUGGAUCUGAAGCAACUGUCGCCCCAGGGCAUCAAGGAGCUGCUUCUGGGCAUGGUGCACCGCGACGCGGGCAUGAUGACUGCCUUGUGCAAGUACCUCGCGGCCUACUCGUCGACGAACUUUGAACGCUCGCAUCCCCUACGACAGACAUUUUCCACGAUGUACGAAGUGCAACAGAAACAUGGGCCGAUUACGCUCUCGGAGCUGGUCUGGUGCUGUAUUCCCAUUAUCGCCGAAGAGCUCGAGGCCAUUUACGGCCGGCGUCACCCGUACGUCGCCCGGACAUGGAUUGACCUGGCCCUGUUCUACAACCACGCCAAUCCCGAACGACUUGAGAAGCUACUCUCGGAGCUUCAGCCGCUGCGGCGGCAGAUCGCAGGGCGCCACGGGCAGGGCAGCGCAGAUGACCUAGCCUUGCGAUACGCCGCGGUGCAGCUGAUGCAGGCAAUAUGGCCCAACAGCGACAACACGAGAGCUUCUGCCCUCGACCUAUGGGCGGCAAUGAAGGGCGCAGGGCUCGUCUUUCCCGUGCGAGGUGCCGAGCAUAGCACGUUUUGCUAUCACAGCCCACUCAAGGUGGAUCCGUGGGACAGGCGAUGCAGAGACCGGUACGACGUUGGUAUACAGUUUUUCCAGCAACAUUGCGGCAUCAAGGUCCUGCCGUAUUUCGAAGAGGAUAUGCACUACACGGAACACGCCCCCGACUCGAACUCGGCACUGGCGGCAGCUCUGGGACACACGGCGCCGUCCAAGUUCUCGCUCAUCUAA